UUAAAUAACAAUUAUAAAGAUGAUAAUUUUGAUGCAGUAAUGCGCUCCGAAAUUAUGCCAAUGUACAUUGUAUUCAUUGCAUUAUAAUAGGUUAGGAAGUGAAAAACAAAAAAAAAUAUCUCUUUAAUUCUUUGAUAUCAUCAAUUCGUUUAAAACACAUGUGAUAACAUGACUAGAUAAUAAAAUAACGGAUAAAAUGAAAGUAUUAAUGACAUAGCAUAGUUUCCGAUUGGCUGAUUUGUGGUCUGCUGACCGAAAACAUUUAAUGACGGAACUUCAUUGCAAUGACGAAAUUUAUUUGAACGUGGACAUCAAUUUGAAGUUGGACACUUGUUGCUCCGAUAUUGUGGAAGUCACUUGAAAUAAUAUUUACUUCGUUUUCAUCAACAAUCUAAUAUAAUGACAGAACCAGUUGCAGAUAUCGCCUUGAUUGGCUUGGCUGUCAUGGGCCAGAAUUUAAUUCUAAACAUGAACGAUCAUGGAUUUACCGUUUGUGCCUACAAUCGAACAACUGAAAAAGUUACAUCUUUCCUUCAAAAUGAAGCCAAAGGCACAAAAAUCGUUGGCGCUUACAGUUUAGAGGAAAUGGUGAGCAAAUUGAAAAAACCCAGAAGAAUAAUGUUACUUGUUAAAGCUGGUUCAGCUGUUGAUGAUUUCAUUUCGAAAUUGGUUCCACUUUUAUCUGAAGGCGAUAUUAUAAUCGAUGGAGGAAAUUCUGAGUAUCAGGAUACACAGAGACGAACUCAAGAUUUGGAUAAAAAGGGUAUUUUAUUCGUUGGAAGUGGGGUUAGUGGCGGAGAGGAUGGAGCACGUUAUGGACCAUCUUUGAUGCCCGGAGGAAAUUCAAAAGCUUGGGCCCACAUUAAACCGAUUUUCCAGGCAAUUUGCGCGAAAGUUGAUGGUGAACCUUGUUGCGAUUGGGUCGGAGAAACUGGUGCUGGACAUUUUGUCAAAAUGGUACACAAUGGAAUUGAGUAUGGCGACAUGCAGAUAAUUUGUGAGGCUUAUCAUAUUAUGAGAAAUGGACUUCGUCUCACACCGCAAGAAAUGAGUAAAACUUUCGAGGACUGGAAUAAAGGCGAUCUUAAUUCAUUUUUAAUAGAAAUUACAAGAGAUAUACUUAAAUAUAAGGACGAUAAGGGCCAUCUUUUGGAGAGAAUUCGCGAUACAGCUGGACAAAAAGGUACGGGAAAAUGGACAGCAAUUGCGGCAUUGGAUUAUGGAAUUCCAGUGACACUCAUUGGUGAAUCAGUAUUUGCCAGAUGUCUUUCGGCAUUAAAAAAUGAGAGAAUUGAGGCUAGUUCCGUUUUGGCUGGACCGAGCAAUGUUUACGAGGGAGAUAAAAAAGUGUUCCUUGAACAUCUGGGGAAUGCUCUUUAUGCGGCGAAAAUUAUUUCUUAUGCUCAAGGUUUUAUGCUUUUAAGAGAAGCCGCAAAAAUUCAUGGAUGGAAUCUUAAUUACGGUGGAAUUGCUCUUAUGUGGCGAGGCGGUUGUAUAAUCAGAAGCGCCUUUCUAGGGAAUAUUAAACAAGCCUUCGAUAAGAAUCCAAAAUUAACAAACUUAUUGCUUGACGAUUUCUUCGCAAAAACAAUGAAACGUUGUCAAGGUAGUGUCAGGGUUAUUGUCUCUAAUGCCGUGGCUCUUGGUAUUCCCACUCCAGCUUUAUCAACAGCAUUGGCCUUUUAUGAUGGUUUUAGAACAGUUCAACUUCCGGCAAAUUUAUUGCAAGCACAAAGAGAUUAUUUUGGAGCUCAUACUUAUGAACUUCUUGGUCAAGAAGGUAAAUUUGUUCAUACUAAUUGGACAGGUCAUGGAGGUAAUGUUUCUGCGUCCACAUAUGAUGCAUAAAAUUCGCAAUAGACCUUUUUUUUCUUUUUGUUACCACAUUUCCGAGGGAAAUAAAUUUUAAUUAUAGAUUUUCGAGAAAUAGAUUGAUUGUAUGUUUGAAAGGAUAUUUUCAUAUUUGAUUACCAUUCAAUUGUUAGUAAAUUUUAUUAAAGGUAGAUAUUAAGCAACGAAAAUGUAUGUAAAAGAUUUUGAUCGUUUUCGGGUAAAUUAUUUUUUACUAAUUAAUAAACGAAUAUCAAAAUUA